AUGAAAUUCUUCGAACAAGAGAUUUUUUUUGUGUUCAUUUAUCUGUUUAUGUUGUGUGAGUGUCACGAUAAACAAUUUCGCUGGAAUCACUCGAAAUUGUUGAAAGCUGAGUCAUUGAAUUAUCACAAGUCAUCAGUGUCGAGUCAUGAUGAACAUGCAACAAAUGUUAAGAAAAUAGUAAAACGAGAUUCAUUCCUGCCGCCACAAAACCCGUCAAAUCGAAAUUAUUUUCGUGACUUGAUCAGUCGAAAUGAAGACAUAAAUGAAGGAACGGUUGAGUACACAAUUGAUCCAUUUUUCUCAGGAUAUCACACACAAAAGCAACGCAAACAACAGUCAGAAAUUCAUGGCGGAUCACAUGUGCGAAUCACUCGUGAAGUGCAUGUUCGACAAGGAAGACUCACAGGAAUUGUACGAGAAAUGAAUGUACAAUCACGACUUGAAAAUGUUGAUCAAUUCCUAGGAAUUCCAUACGCAGAAGCCCCUAUUGGAUCAAGAAGAUUCAUGCCACCAUCAUCUCCACUCCCUUGGUCUGACGUUAAACGUGCGAAUAAAAUGGAAUCUGUUUGUCCCCAGAAACUUCCUAACCUUAACGAUCCAAGUGGAUAUAACAAUGGCAGAUACGAUCAAAUUAAGCGACUGUUGCCAUAUCUUAAAAGCGAAAGUGAAGACUGUUUAUAUUUAAACCUCUACGUACGAAGUUUGGAUGACAAAGGUCCCACAAAAAACCUUCCGGUCAUUGUUUUCGUUCAUGGUGAGUCGUUUGAAUGGAAUAGUGGAAAUCCUUACGAUGGAUCUAUUCUCGCAAGCUACGGUCAGGUUAUUGUGAUAACGUUGAAUUAUCGAUUGGGUGCAUUAGGCUUCCUGAAGCCGGGAUUAAAUGAUCAAACGGUAGCCAAUUUUGGUCUUCUUGAUAUCAUCGCCGCACUUCAAUGGAUCAAAGAGAAUGUUGAACAGUUUGGUGGUGACCGUAAUUCAGUAACUUUGUUAGGAUACGACACUGGAGCUAUUUGUGUGAAUUUUUUGAUGAUUUCACCAGUUGCUCGUGGUUUAUUUCAUAGAGCGAUUUUAAUGUCAGGAUCGGCACUUUCUGAUUGGGCAUUAAAUUACAAUCCACAACAAAUAACAAUGCAAGUAGCGAAACAGUUAAAUUGUCCAAUUGAAGAUCCAAUGCUUGGUGAAUGUUUAAGAAAAAAAUCUUAUCAAGAGAUCUUAAACGUAACUGUCAUGGCACCGGAAUUUCUUACAAUUUUUGGCCCAAUUGUUGAUGGUUUAGUUAUACCUAGUGAUCCACAUCAAUUUAUGGCUGACAGUGAUGCUUUUGGACGCUUUGAUUUGCUUUUCGGCAUGACGGAAAUUGAAUCAUUCAAUAUUCUCGGUCGUGAAGCAAUUCAAAAUGGAAUUCCACAAAUCGAUAGAGAUCAUAACAUUCGACGAUAUCUUGUGAAUCGUUUUGAUAAGCGACCGGAAAUUGCGAUUCUUACAACCUUGAAAGAAUACACGAACACAUUUUUAAAGCCAAAACCAUUAACCCCGUUGGAUCAUCGUGAUAUGUUAUUAGAAAUUCUUUCUGAUGCCAGACUUACUGCGCCUCUAGUUCAAACCGGAAUUUAUCAUUCGAGAACAAAUCCAAAAUGUUACAUGUACGUGUUUGCACAUAAUUCCGAAUCUGGAGACUAUGCGACAAUUUCCCAAUCGAUUCAUGGUGAAGAGUUACCUUAUUUGUUUGGUGCACCUCUUGGUGCUUCCGGUCCUUUUCAAACAUUUUACAAUGCACAAGAGCGACUUUUGUCGGAAGCUGUCAUGCGAUAUUUCUCGUAUUUUGCAAAACUUGGAAAGCCGACCUGUGGAUUGUGUCGCUUCACUAACAUGAAUCCAAUUGAUUGGGAAAAAUAUGACGUUGAUUGGCAAGAAUUCAGCGAACUAAAUCAAAAUUAUUUGCAUCUCGGAAUUCCACCGAUUAUCAGUCAACGUUACCGUCAUAAAUACACAAAAUUUUGGAAUGAAGGAUUACCUGAAACAAUGAAGAAUGCAAACAGUCUGACGCAGUUUAAUAUUUACGGAAAGCUUUGGAAUACGGUACCAGAACCGAGAAAAACAAUUCUACCAAUGCCAACCGGACAGAUCAGCAUGUAUCCAAUUAAAGUUGAGAUUGAAGGCGCUACUGAUGAUCCAGUGAGAGAACUUCGGCAUCGUCUGCAGCAAUCACGUAAUUCAUUCCAGUCGACAAGUCUCAAAGCAUCAACUGAGUCAAUUAAUUAUGAGCAAAUCUCAUCAGACGACCAAGUUAUGUUGAAAUCAGAGACUACAACAAUUCUCUUGAUUGCUGUAAUUGUUGCAUUCUUAUUUGUCAAUCUUGUUGGACUUUUAAUUUAUUUGUAUCGCCGUAAGAAGAAUUUGGAUCGAAAAUAUGACAAUUCAAAUAUUUUUGACGAUGAUAAACGUUCAAAGUUCAAUGACACUGAUGAAAGUUUUAUUUUGAGGAAGUCAAACAACACAUACGAGUCAAUGAAGCGACAUUCGCCUAUCAAUGGUUAUGGAGUUGGUCGGCAAACAAGUACAAGUACAGUAGAUACUCAUAUGCGAGUGAAUGAUGACAUGACAUUUGGAUGGAUGGUAAAUGACGUAGCAAUUCGAUCUUAUCCACAUCAGAAUACAUUCGCUAUAAGAGAAAAAGUCAGUGUCGCUAUCGAUGCAACACCAAACGCAAGAAGCAACAGUAUUCUUCGUCAAGAGCCCAUCGAAGUGACGAAAGCUAAAUCUAUGGAUUUCGGGCAAUGUGGUCGAAUAAUUUGUCAAGAUGUUGACAUGGAUAUGUCGAUGAUUGAUGAAAUUCCAUUUCGUGAAUUUCGCGAGCGAACAACAGAAAGUGAUUCAAGUGAAUGUUCUUCAUUUUCACAUUGUGAAGAAUGUGAGAUAAAUCAUCAAAAUUCAUCAUUUUCUGAUCCUUCAAGGUCACCGUUUUAUCAACAAGAAGAAGUGACAAGUUUUAUUGAGCCGAGGGAUGUUAAUGUGACAUCACGAGAUGAUCCAGAAAAAAUUCCAUUAUCGCCUGAAGAAUCACUCAACGCAAUUCGACGGAUGAAUUAUCCGAAAGUUCUUCCAAAUUAUCCUGAAAAUCUUCAUUUUAAUGAUUCUACAAAAAGACGAUCACUUCAAAUUCCACCUCAAUUUUAUCAGAUUCACAACACCAACACGUUACCGAAUGAUGACAACAAGUCACGUCCAAGUCCACCUCCGAGAAUGUCAUCAACACUCGGACGUAACAAUUCUAAAGAAAACCCUUCAAGAUCCUUUAUGACACAACCACAACAAGCUGUUGAACCACCAACAGUUCCUGUGCCUGAAAUCACAUCAUCGUCUUUAACAGUCGGUCCCCUGGUGCCAAAGUCCGAGAAUAUUUACAUGUCAAUGCAAAGAAAAAAGUCUUUGAGUCGGGAAAAUUCCGCUUCAUCUCAUGGGGAAAAUGAAAAAAAUCCUUUACCGGAGAAAUCGUCAAAUGAGAAAAUUCACAAUGAUGAACACUUAUAUGCUGAAAUAAUUAAAAAUUCACUAGUGCAAUCACCGCAAGACGGAAUUUAUUCAAUUUCAACUGGAAAAGGUGAGAAAAAGCUUCAAACAAUGAACUCACAGGAAAGCAACUCAUCUUCUUCUUCUGGGAGUUCAAGCACUGGAACAAUAAAAGAAAUAAAUUAG